AACCAACCUUGCCUGCUGGUGUUGGUCGGAGGGACCGGUGGUGCCUGUGCUGGGCAGCCUCACCUCUGUCAGUGUGCCCCAGGGCAGCUGUGGCUGCGAUGUAGCUCAUCACCGCCAGGGUGUGAAUGUGUGAAUGGCAGACAUGAAUUCUUGAAUGCACUUCAUCAAAUACAGGCUAUUUAACGUUUUUACAGUUUUUCAUCCAUUCGUGUGCUGUUAUAAAGAAGUCCUUCACUGAAAAAACAUUUUUCCCUUAUUAUUUUUGAAAAUGAUUGAUCUCAUGCAGGCUGAACAUGAAAAUAGUCUCCUACACCUAUCUCCUGCAGUAGCUUCUGAUAGAAAACAGACGGUAAAACUCUAGGAUAGAAAAUCCUGACAGAUCUACGUCACACUGCCACUAACAUUCAUGGACUCACCCAUCUUGACUCACGACGGGGAAGGCUGUUGUUAGUUUAGCGUCCAGGAAACAGCAGAGAACCUCUCGGCUAGUAGAAGCUGCCCGUUAGCUUUAGCAACGCCACCACACAGCAGAACUCCUCCAGGCUUGUGUUAUUUGUGGAGAUAAAACAUCAACGUUGCAGAGCAACCAGAGUCAGUGGUAGAGUCGUGUUGCUGUCAGCCAAUCAGAGACGAGAUGUCCAUAUUUCAAGAAGUAAGACUCCAAAUCCUGCUGCCUGAAGCUACUUUCUCCUCCAGCUGAAUUCUCCAUGCUGCAACGGGCACACCAGAGCUUUUUUUCCUCAGAGUAUGACCUACAAGGAAUUAAUUUCUACUACAGACCAAAGUAAAUGUAUUAAAAUAUGAGUGAAAGACCUCUUCAAACACUAAAAAGCUUUUAUGAAACAAUUUAUGGAGGCGCAGUUGUUAGCACUGUUGCAAGAAGGUUGCAGGUUCGAAACUCGGCUGUGGCCUUUCUGCGUGGAGUUGCGUGUUUCCUCCGGAUACUUCGGUUCCCCCCACAGAUCACAACAUGCCUUAUAGGUAAAAAAUUGUAUGUUGCUUUGGAUAAAUAUAAUAAUAUGAUAUAAUCAAAUCUAUUUAGAUGUUUAUUUAUCUCUAAACCCAUGGUUUCUUAUUGGGGGUCGGAUUCAGGUGGAUUUAGAUUUUUUUUUUUUUUACAUUUCUGCUUUCUCGUCAAUAUUCUGUGAGAAAUAAUGAAAAAAAAAUUCUUGGUAAAAUUGAUGACCUUGUCAGAAAUAAUGUUACAUAUCCUCCUGAGAUACGAUGAUUAAAUAUCUUGUAAUUCUUUUUCUACAAUAUUUAUUUAUGGUUGCCUUGGGCCUGAUGUUCAGGGACACUUUGUUUUAUUUAAUUUAUUGGUAAAUAUUUGACUGAAGAAAAGGAUUUAGACAUGUUUGUUAACAUUUAUUAAACGUACAUUUUUAUACGUGAAAUUAAAAUUAAAACCCAGACUAAACAAAAGCUCUGGUCUCAAAAGCAGUGGCGGAUCUAGGAUUUUUCUGAGUGAGGGGCCACAGGAUUGAUUGACAUCCUUGCACACUUCCUGCCAGUGGCGGUUUUACCAUUAGGCAUAGGUCGGCGGCCGCCUGGGGCCCCCUUAUGUUGGGGGUCCCCCUAGCCCUGACUGCUGGCACCCCUCUGUUAAUGCCACAAUGGACCAUUUCUUUAAGAUGCCGAUGCACAAACAGGAAGUGAUUGGUAGUCAUUCCAGUCCAAUUCAGUUGGUGGCGGUAAUGCACCAAAUUGUUGUUUGCCAAGUGUCAUAAGACCACAAAUAAGAAGAAGAAGAGAAAGCAGAAAAAGGAGAAGAGAGGCGGGAGCGUUUGUAACAAACUCGAAGCGGUAGUCAAAACAUUUAGCACGAAAUGGAGUAAUCCUAGUGGCUCUAAUAAGAGAAAGAAGCAGCUCGCUUUAAAAAAGCUUUUAUCUUCACUUCUGAAAGUGACGUUGUUUUUCAAUGUAAACAUCAAAAGGAAGCAGAAAAGGAAAGACAAUAGAAAAUGUGUAAAGGGAGAAAAACAUAGACCAGUGAAGGUGCCAGGGGGGCGCUAUAGCUACCCCUGGAUUAGUCAUAGCACCCCCAAGUAAAUAUCAGAUUGUAUUUUAUUUUUUUACAAUUUAAUUUUAAUUUAACGUGUGGAUGUGAUCAUAUUUAACAUACAAAACAAAAAUAAUCAGUAAAUUAUCAUAUGGAUAGUAAAAACUUAAACCAAAACAGGAAAUUGAUGUUAACCUUUGACCUCAUUUUCCACCUGUGAACGAGUGAAAGGUAGAGCUAGUGGUAAGAUGGAUCGUGUUUGUUGCCCACAUUUCCACGGGUUCAGUCAGAAACGAAUGAAUCUUUGGAAGUGAUCUCAGACCCACAAAAACCUACGCAUCUGGAUGAAGAGAGUCAACCCUCAACCGCCGCAGCAGUCCAGGGUUUUGCCGCUGGACAUGCUAACGCUAACAUUAGCUAACCUUGCAACACUAUAGAUGGUUUUCUGUGUGGCUGUAUGUGUUUAUGAUUUCAUGGAAAAGUCAGCGAUUGUUCAUAUGUUUGUGAUGUAUAUUAAUGAUUGUUUCAGGUGUUGUUGAGGUUUUGUGCACGCAUGUGUAUCUGCUAGUGUUGAAGGUGUUUUAGAGAGCAAUAGGUACGCAUGACCACUUCCUUCAUAGCACCCUCAAUAAAAAGACUAGCUCCUUCAUAGCACCUGCGGAAAAACAUUUCUGGAGCCGCCACUGACAUAGACCAAAAUGGAAAAUAGAGAAAAAAAAAAAAAAGGCAAAAGCACAGGAGAAGAAAGCAGAGCAAAUAUUGAAAGCGCUCAAAAGGAAAGAAAGACAGGAAAAAAGAGGAGGACUAAUAAAAAGGGAAAAUAACUCGUGUCAGAAGAGGGGAGAGUUUCGCAAAUCCAGUUAAAGAUAAGAUAAUUGAAAAUUUAUUGUAAGGGGGCCCCAUGUCUGUGUUCGCCUUGGGCCCCCAAAUUGCUAAAUCCGCCACUGAUUCCUGCUGAGUCAGCAUGGUAACCGUUUCUAGUUUCACUUUAGGUUUCCUUCUCUGUGGAGGGCGUGUAGGUUUUGUUUUCUUUUCUCUCAGCUGCUUGAGUAAAGUUUCGUUUCAGCCGAGAUUAAAGCAGGCUGUGAACUCCUCCGAGGAGCAGACAUGUUCUCAUGGGGAGAGGACUACCGGAGCAGCUUCCGCCUGAAAAAAGGCUCAGGCGUCCAGAGUUCUGGUGGAGUCCAGCUUCUCGACCUGAGCUUCCAGGUCCAGGUCCUGUCAGUGGGUCUCAAUGUGCUCGGGUUCGUCAAACCCACAGGAGAGGCGUUUAUAAUCCGCACUAACCAGAGCGAAGAGGGGAGGAGAACCAACGGGAAGCAGAAGUUUAUAAAGGAGGAGAUCCGGGCGUUGAGCUGUGGUGAUGAUGUGGUAACCAUGGUAACCAAUAGAGGAGAGAUCUUCUGUGUGGACUCGAACAUCUCUCCUUUUGCUCCCAGCUGUCCUGUGGCUUUCUCACACCUAACUGUAACUCAAGUAGCCUGUGGGAAGCAGCACAGCCUGGCCAUGACUAAAGAUGGUCAGGUGUACACAUGGGGUCUGGACUCCAGGGGCCAGCUGGGCCUUGGGGAGAGAAACUCUGGGGCCGGUUCCCCCCAGCACCUCCGAUCCCUGUCCUCCAUCCCCGUGGUUCGGAUUUCUGCAGGAGGAGAUCAGAGCUUCGUCCUCUCUGUGUCGGGAGGCGUGUUCGGCUGGGGCAGGAACGACCGUGGACAGCUGGGGCUGGGAGACACAGCAGACAGACACACCCCAGCUGCUGUUGAGCACCUGAACAGGAAGACAGCUGUUCGUGUUUCCUGUGGAGAGGAGCACACGGCAGUCUUGACAAAGGGUGGUGCGGUGUUUACCUUUGGCUCUGGUCGCUAUGGACAGCUCGGACACAACUCCUCUCAGGACGAACUGCGUCCUCGGCUCGUUGCUGAGCUCUGGGGGGCAAAGGUCACUGAAAUUGCAUGUGGACGGUUUCACACGUUGGUGCGGACGGACUCCAUGAAGGUUUAUUCGUUCGGUCGUAACGAUCAGCAGCAGCUGGGACGUGGAGAGGACAGUCCGCCGUCCGUCCCGCUACCCGUCCCACUUCAACAACUGUGUGCCACAAGCGGUCUUGUGAUUGAGAACAUCUUUGCUGGAGGAGACAGCUCCUUUGCGACGUGCGUGCAUAAAAAGGAUCUUUGCAGAAGGUUAAAGAACGACGAGACACCGCCGUCCGUUGAAAACAUGGUGGAUACAUGGAUCUCUGGAUGUGAUUCAAAACUGCUGAAAAAGAUCAAAAAGGAAAUCCAUGAAACAUUUUCCUCUGCGUCGUGUAUGAACCGAAGCUUCCUCAGUCAAAGUAAGGACAAACAUUUCCAAACGUCUCCAGACUAUCCCGGUUUGGACUUCUCGCUCGCUCAAAGUGUUUUUAAGAAACUGCUGAAGAAGGAAGUUCUUUCGACUGAGGUUCAAGCUGCUGUCGUGCAGCUGCUUCCUGCUCUGGAUGGCAACCCGGUUGGUGUGGAGGGGCUGAGGGUCUUCCUGGUCCUGAAUGAGCUGCUUCAUGUGAUUCAGAAACUCAAAAAACAACCAAACACCAGACUUGCGGAAGAGGUCGCUGCUGCUGUGCAGAAACUCUCCCCUGAAAACCUUCAGAUUAUCGGGAGCUGGUGGGCCUCCCUACCCUCUGCUGUUAUGAUUCGACACGUGAAGGCAUGGAGGUCGGCGCUCUCUGUGGUUCUGCAUAUCUGGCCAGUUCCUCGGCGCUCCAUCAGAAACAUGCUGCUGGUCCUCAGGGACAUGUACAACGCCUGCAAGAAGAAAAUUCCUGAAAAGACUUUUUAUGUGGAGAUGGACCAAAUAAUUCUCCAAGAGGACCUGCAGCUUUGGCGUGCAGCGUCCAAAACCAAGGACGGGAAUCCUCCACCUCUCAUUCUCUGUGACUUCCGGUUUGUUUUGGAUCUGAAGUUAAAGAAACUCAUUUUUGACAACAACUCUUUAAUAACUCAGAGAGAACAUCAGACACCACAACAGAUGGGUUUUUACCUGAGAUGGAUUCCUCAAGCCGGUCCAGAUUAUUUCUGCCUGAAUGUGAAGCGCGCUUCACUUCUGGAGGACUCCUUCCUACAGCUGGCCGCUGCUCCUCUCUCCGAUCUGAGGAAACCUCUUGUUGUCCAUUUUGAUGAAGACUCAAAGGUCACGGACGUCUACAAGAGAGACUUUUUCCACCACCUGUUUCUCCGCAUCGUGUCGGAUAAACCGGAGAUGUUUAUGUUCAACGACUCAGAAACACUCGUGUGGUUCUCCUCUGAGGCCUCCGAGGAGAACGUGGUGAACUUAUAUCUGUUUGGGGUUCUGUGUGGGUUGGCUUUGUACAACAACAGCAUCGUACACAUGUCCUUCCCGCUGGUUCUGUUCAAGAAGCUGCUCGAUGUGGAGCCCACGCUGGAGGAUAUGAUCGAGUUCAGCGAGGCUGUCGGAGGGUCUCUGAAGUACAUCCUGGACUAUGAAGACGAUGACCUUGAAGACCAGGACUUCACCUUUAAGAUCCACUGGGAUGGGAUGGAUGUUGACCUCGAUCCUCAGGAUCCCCAGAAAGCCGUCACAUCCCAGAAUAAGAAGCAGUUCAUAGACGCCUACGUGAAUUACGCCUUCAACACAUCCGUAGAGAAGGUGUUUCAGGAGUUCCAACGAGGCUUCUUCCAGGUGUGUGACCAGCGUCUGCUGAAGCUAUUUCAUCCCCACGAGCUGCAGGGAAUGCUGGUGGGAGAAGCCGUCUACGACUGGGAAGUCCUCAGACAGAACACUCGGUACGGGUGGGACUGCCCUCUGACACAUCCAACCAUACAGAUGUUCUGGGAAGUUUUUGAUGAGCUAAAUGAAGAAAAGAGGAAAGAUUUUCUUUGGUUCCUGACUGGCUUCCGGAGGGCUCCCGUCCUCGGACUGAAGCAGAUACAGAUGGAAAUUCAAGUCACACAAAUCCAGAGCGGCUCUCCUGAUCAGCAUUUCCCCGAGUCGCUGACAUGUCACUCGACUCUGCUGCUGCCGUUAUACUCGACUAAAGAGGUGAUGAGAGACAGGCUGACGGAGGCCCUGAAACCAGAGAGAGGAUUUAUGAGGGCGGAGCGGGAUCCGGAUCCGGGAUCAUCUGUUAUUCUAACUCAGGAGCAAUACUAACAGAUCUGUAAAUACCGACAAGCACGUUAAAAGAUGCUAAACGGUUGUUGUUAUUUUACAUUAUAUGUUUAUAAUUUACCUUCAAGGCUGCUGAGGGAAAAUGUGUGAGGUUAUGAUGAUCAGAUGAAUAAAAUGAAAGCGUAAAUGUCA